CCUCGUUGCACCCGACGCGACGCGCCGAUAUUACUCGCUGCGCCGAUAUCGAGCCCGCGAGGUCGCGCGCAGACACGCGGAAUUUCGAGCGCUCUCGCUGUCUCGCCGCACUUUUCGAAUUCAACUGCGCGGCCGCGACUGAUAAGAAUCCUGCGCGUGCGCGCGCGCGCGUGUAUGUGCCUGUGAGAAUGUGCGGUCGAAAGUUCGAAUGAAAUCGAGACGAGCGCAUCCGCGAGAAGAUCGACGGUCCAGCUUGCGAAUUCUCCCCCGCGCGUUUCCCGCGUUUCCCACCGUUUUGUUUAUUUCUCGAAUCGUAACGCGCGCCACGAUGGGACGGAAAAGCGCCUUUCAGACAGCCGCCUGCAAUACGGUGCUUCUCCUGUGCUGCUUGCUGAGCUUCAGCCGGGCGGAGCUCCCUGAGGAGAGAUACUCCUCCCCGCCGUUCAGGAACUCGAGGCAUUCGUAUCCGUGCGCACCUGUCGACGCGGCGCCGUUGGACGCGUUCGGCUCAGCCAUCGCGUGCGCUCUGAAGAUCAUGUCGAUGAAGAGCGACGAUGGCGAGUCCAUGUUAGCGGGCCACGUGCCGGCACCCACGUACGUUAAGGUGUCGGCGCCGUUGCUGUACAAGCCGUUGCCGAGGACGUCGUCCUUGGUAUACAUCGCGCCGCCCAUCGUCAAAUCCGCGUCAGCCAUCGUCGCUACGGAACCGAAAACGAUGGAUAAGGACGCUCAAUACAUGGCGUACCCCAAAUAUUCCUUCAACUACGGGGUGAUCGACGGAUAUACCGGCGACUCGAAAUCGGCAUGGGAGGAACGAGACGGCGACACCGUGAAGGGAGAAUAUUCGGUGGUCGAAGCGGACGGGACCAUUCGCACAGUUUCUUACACGGCGGACGAUCACAACGGCUUCAACGCGGUCGUAACCAGAAGCGAACCCCCGAAGAACGCGCAGUCCUUAGCCGAGGUGAAGACAUUCGUGCCCGGUGCCAUAUUUCCAAACGACAGGCAUAAAAAAUAGCAGUAGCUCUUAAAAAAAUACUUUACAUCCACGCAAGAUACUACGUAGUUUUCUGGAUACAUCAACUCGGUGAGCGCAAAGGAUCCUCGACAGGACGUUAUUUGAACGACGGACGUUGUAUGAUAUAAUAAUGUUAUUAGAAGUGUGAUUUAGUUUUGAGGGUUUCGCAAGAAAUUUCGAAGAUGUUCCAAUCACAAUUAUUGUUUCUCAAUGCUUUGAUAUUAAUCCAUCAUAUUUAAUCAUUUACUAACAAUAAACGCGGUAAAAAUCGUGUUAAAGCCAUCUUAAAAAUGGAGCUUCCCAAAGAGUCUUUUCGACAUGUGUUGCUUUUGUUUUUAAAUUAGAAGAAACGGCGGCUGAAGAUAAUAGAAUUUUGAUAGAAACUUAGCUAAAUUAGCAAAUGUUAUAGGAAACGAAGGAAAAUAUUUUAAUUAAGGUAUUUGUUCAUUAUAUCUCAUUUAAGUAAAUCGGUUUUUGAGAAAAAAACCCUCAAGAUUAAACGAUACUCCUAAUAUAUCUCAUUACAUUAUUAUAUUAUAUUAUUGUACAAUAUUUGAAAAGAUCACGAAUAUGUUGGAAAGAUAUUGUUCGAAUAUACAUAAGAUUACAAACUUCAAAGGAGCGAAGCCCUCGGUAACAGAAUUAAAAAGUCGGAGAGCGUUUGACGAGACUUCGAUGAGGAGAAAAGAUCACAUUGCCGGGCAAUGCCUUUCAAGUAUUUUCAAAAGUAUAUUUCAAGUGAGGACGUUCGGGGAAUACACGUAAAGUCAAUGUUGAUCUGAUGCUCUUUGUUCACCGGGAAUAGUUCCUCGUGCUUAGGAAAUGGAUUGCAGUCUCUCAAAAUCGUCGUAUAUCUUAGAAAGUGACGCAUUUACGUAUAUAACAUACCCACUUUAUAUUACAUCGAUAUAUUUUACGAUCGAUCAAGCAUACUUAUUCGACAUACACACGCGUGUGUAUACAUAUGUUAAGUUAUUUUAUACGUAUUAGUAUUACGUUUGAAAAAAUAUCCAAGU